ACAAGCGCACUUGCAUCAGCCGACCUUGAACCUUCAUGCGCAUGCGUGAAUUUUUUCCCGCCUGCCAAUAGCGUCAGUCGCUGGGACGCAGCGUUUGAGUGAGGUCGUGCGCAGUGCUCUCGUCGGUUUUUCAUUGCAAGGAAAAUGACGGAGCGACUGGAGCAGCGCUACUGCAUCAAAUUUUGCCAGAAACUGGGCGACAGCCAAGUGGAAACCAUUGGGAAGAUCAAGACGGCUUUCGGUGACGACGCUAUGAGCCGUACACAGAUUAAGGAGUGGUACAACCGGUUUAAAGACGGCCGCACAUCGGUGGAGAGCGAGCCACGCUCCGGUCGGCCAUCAACAUGCCUAAAUGACCAGGUCAUUGCCGAAGUGAACGCUGUGGUGAUGCGGGACCGUCGUGUGACUAUCCGGGAAAUUGCGGAAGAGGUGGGCAUCAGCACUUUCUCUGCAGAUUCCGUUAUGACCGAAGAUUUGGCCAUGAAGAGAGUUCCGGCGAAAUUCGUGCCGGAACUGCUCACGGUGGAGCAAAAGCAACUUCGUGUUGAAGUCUCACAGGACAUGCUGGAUUUCACAAGCAGUGACCCUAACUUCAUGAACACCAUUAUCACUGUUGACGAGUCUUGGGUGUACGGGCACGACCAGGAAACCAGAUCCCAGUCGUCACGGUGGAAGCAUUCCACGUCACCAAGACCAAAGAAGGCCCGCCAAGUGCGCAGCAAUGUCAAAUUGAUGCUGAGUGCUUUCUUUGACUCCCGCGGUGUGGUACACCACGAGUACGCACCACAGGGUCAAACAAUCACCAAAGAGUACAACAGGGAUGUCCUUGAAAACUACAAGUAA